AUGACACUCCGCAACCAUGGCACAAUCCACAUACAGCCGUCACUCAUCAGCCGGUCCAACAGAGUAUCUCCUGUGCAGCUGCAGGAAGCGGAUCCUCGGGCUUUUGUAUUCCGCAACGUGGUAACGGACUUCCACGCAGAUAACACUGGCAAGGAUGAUUCGGCUGGUGCGAUUCAAAAUGCGAUCGAAGCAGGAGCAUCGAACGGCCCCAAGCGGAAUUCUCGAAGCAUGGGCACAACAGGCCAACCGGCCAUCAUUUAUCUUCCAGGCGGUACCUAUCUGAUGCGGAGCAGUCUACAGUUCUACGUGGGGACAGUUUUAGUUGGUAAUCCAAAGAACCCACCUGUCUUGAAAGCUGCGCCGGGGUUCUCCAAUGAUCAUAUCAUCUAUGCGAAAGACCCAAAUGUGGAGGGUACCAAUAACUUCUAUAUUGGCAUCAAGAACAUCAUCAUUGAUUCGACCGCGCUGGAUCCAGCGCAGAAUAUCGCCCUUCUUGAUUGGACUGUCAGUCAGGCAACACAGUUGGCCAAUGUUGUGUUCAACAUGCCGACUGGUUCCACUGCCCAUAUUGGACUGACCACGCAAUAUGACUAUAACAGCAAUAUCAUCUUUAAUGACCUCCGCUUCAAUGGCGGUGCUAUCGGUAUGAAGUUGAGUGGGCAGCAAUGGGUAUUCAAGAACCUUACCUUCAGUGGAACAUCCACUGGCGUGGUGGCCGGAGGAACCAAUAUUGUCUUUCUGGGAUGCCGCUUUGAAAAUGGCAAUGUUGGUAUCGAUGCCAGUGGGACAUCUGGAUCGCUGACCGUUAUCGACUCGAUUGGUUUUGGUCUGAAUGCAUUCGUUGUAUCCGGCGACUCAGGUAGCGCUGGAAACGCGAUUAUCUUAGAGAACAUUAAGAAUAGUGGCGCGACUGUCCGAAUGGGCAACAAUACAGUGCUCAACGGAGACAUGUUGCAGACUUGGGUACACGGUGAUAUGUAUUCACCUGGAAACGCAAACAAACAACGAGCAGAAGGACAAAGCGUGUCAACGCGAAGAACAGCUGAGCUGUUGAUGGGCGGGCAGGAUUAUUUCACCAUGGCACCUCCGACAUACAGUGAAUACACUGUGGAGCAAGUCCUCAAUAUCAAGAGUGUUCCAGACAAACCCGUCUACGGCGAUGGUGUGACCGAUGAUACUCAACACAUCAAUGAAAUCCUGGCACAGGCUCGUGACUGCAAAGUUAUCUACUUCCCAGCCGGUACAUACAUCGUUACAGACACCAUUCUCGUGCCUGCUGGUCUCCGCGUUGUCGGAGACGCUUUUGCGUCCACCAUCAGCGCAUCCGGCGCCAAGUUUGCCGAUGCCAACGCAGUACGGGUUAUGGUUCGCUUUGGUUAUCCAGGAGAUGUCGGUAUUCUCCAUGUUAGUGACCUGAUGUUCACAGUAGCCGAUGUGCUGCCGGGUUGCCAAUUAGUGGAAGUGAAUAUUGCAGGCAAUAGUCGGGGAGACGUGGGAUUCUGGAAUACUCAUUUCCGCAUUGGGGGUGCUGCUGGCAGCCUCGUGGAGACCAAAUGUCAAGGCGGACCGGCGGAAUGCAAGGCCGCCUGGGGCCUGCUCCGUCUCACCAGUACGUCCUCAGCAUACAUUGAAAACAUGUGGGGAUGGACAGCAGACCACGACCUGGACGGCAACCGCAACCAGACCAUCGCUACUGGCCGCGGUCUGCUGGUCGAGGCCACCAAAGGCACCUGGCUGGUGGGCACGGGCUUCGAGCACAACACUCUCUACCAAUACAACUUCCAACGCGCACGCAACGUCUUCUCUGCCCUGCAGCAGAGCGAGUCGCCCUACUGGCAAGGACCAGGCAACAUGCUUGCUCCUGCGCCCUGGGACCAGAGUCUAGUCGCAAGCGACCCGGAUUACUCGCAUUGCGCCGCGGACGAUGCGACCUGUCGCAUGGCCCUGUUUGAGCUGAUCCAAAACUCGUCCGAUCUCUUUCUGUAUGGGGGUUGCAACUGGGUCUUCUUCAACAACAAGCAGAAUUGCCAGGGCGCGUGUCAGCAGAAUGCCAUCCGCACGCUAGAUUCAUCGUCGCUUUUUCUGUACGGGACAAACACGAAGAGUAUGGCCAAUAUGGUUAUUAAUGGAAACACACCCAUUGCCCGGGAGAGUGAUAAUGCCGGUGGCUGGGGAGGAGUGAUUGCGGCUUAUUUGUAUAGUUCGUGA